AUGAUGGGCAAAGCACCGGGUCAACCUGCAGCUCCUCAACCCAGCUCCAACUUGUUCAGCUUUCUCAGGAGCCCUUUUCGCAAGCCAGAGCCCAGGGUGGAAGAUGUGCCCCGGGUGAGUUUGUCAGGACUUCGGCACGGCGAAUCUGCAGCUGUCAAGGCGACAGCCGCCGCUUUGAAGGAUCAUGGCUUUGCAUGGCUGGAGUUCGAGAAGCCCAGUAGAGGUGAUGUGGCCAUGGGUGGCACUGAUGAUAGCCUUUGGAAAACCAAUGAGAGCCUGGCGGAAAUCGGUGACUUUCUGGAAAAGUUUCCCAACUGCGGCAGUCCACAUGCCAUGGAGGGACACUUUAGUGCAGCACACAAGGAUGGUCUGCGAGUGGUCACAGGUUCAUGCUUGAAGGCUGAUAUGGAGAAAGUGCCCAGAAACAUCCAGGAGAAGCUCGCCCGCUUGGCGUUGGACAUGGAUGAAGCGCAGAGGGAUGUGAUCCGAGCCUUGGCCCCUGCACUCCACUUUAGCACGGGGGAAGACAUCGGAGAGUACUUGGAUAUCCCCCUGCUGUGCCCUGAACAUGGUAGCUUGAGACAGUAUGGCCUUUUAGAUGUAGUGAGGUAUCGAAUGGGCGUGGAGAGCCCCCCAGAGGUCGUCUCUCCCCAUGUCGAUCCCGGGUUGUUGAUCUUGAGCUUGCCAUGUGCAGUUCCUGGCUUGGAAUUACAAGAUGCUGUUGGAGAAUGGCGCGCUGCACCAGCUGGGCAUGGCGUUCUUUGGGCCGGAAGAGCCGCCGAAACUCUACACCUCAAGGGCGGGGUGCAUCGAGUGGUGGCUUCUCCGGCUCCUCGUCUGAGUGCUUGGCAUGAAAUGUGUACACGAUCGCAGCUCUGUCCUCCAAUGCUCCAGGUCUUGGAGGAAAACUCCUUGGAGCUGAAAUUGGGAGACGCCAAAGGCACUGCAGAAGUCUUACGCUUGCUUCAGGCAAAUGAAGAUCAUCUCAAUGUGAGCCUAGUAGAACGUCGGGGCGUGCCUGUGGGCAAAUCAGGUGCCGUUAUCCAAGACAUGUAUGUCCCAUGGAGACUGAGCCCAGGAGCACCUCUUGGUGUGCCAGGGCCUUCCGCGCGUUCCGCCAUGCCGCCGGUCCAACAUGCGGGUGUACCUGUGGGCAAAAGAGGACUGUCUCUCAAUGCUAUGCCACAGCGGCCUUCCAAGCCUCCCGCUUUGCCGCUCCCUGACGGAACGGUUGAGAUCGUACAACCACCGGUGGCACAUGCCCUCCAAGACCAGUGGCGGAAGCUUGGAAGGGCCAACAUGUGGUACAGCUUCAAUGUCGGACCGGUCCACUUCAUUUCCAUCAACACGGAGACGGACUUCCCCGGUGCAGAGGAGACCAAGACAGGCGAUGGCCACUUCUCUUGGCUGAAGGCCGGCCACUUUGGCGCGGACGGCCGGGACUCCCGGAGGCGUCAGGCCUAUCUUUAG